AUGCGACUGAUCACUUCCGCAGCAUUGCUGCUGCUAGUGUCCGUGGGGGCCGUUUUCGGAGCAGACGAAUGGGGCUGGCUGCCCCUGGAUGCCAGCUUGCUGGGUGAGGAUAAGGUGCGUGAGAAGCGACAGGACAUCGGCGUGUUGCCAGCGGACCGCCAGCAGAAUGCGACCGAAGUCGGCGAUGAGGACAUUCUGAACUUCAUCCUGGACAGCGGCCGACAGGGACGCAGUCUGGAAGGUUUCGAUGAGGUGUACAGUGACCCAUCGGUGCAGGAUGCGCUCCAGAAUGCGGACGAUGCGCAGGCCCGUAACAUCAUCAAGGACAAGCUGUGUGCGCUCGGUCUGAUGCAAUGCGAUGGCGAAGCGAUCGAAGGCAAGCGGCCGUACUAUCCGAUCUACGCCCAGCAACAGCAACCACCCCGUCGGCCACCUCCGCCACGAGGACCUCCGCUACCACCGCAGCAGUAUGCCCAGCGACCCCCAAUUCCACCGCCGGUGCAAGGACCACCGCGACCGCAACACCAGGGACCGUAUGGACCUCCGAAGCCGAUGCCUCUUCCGCAGCAUAAGAUCGGCUACGCCACCGGACCUCAACAGCGCCCACCGUUCAUCGGUGGACCUCAGGCUUCUUUCGCUGGUCCCAGCUACGCCUCGGCCUAUCCCUCGAAGCCACUGGGUCCCGUGUACGAGUCGGACGUUCCUCCGUUCGAGUUCGAACCGAUCGGUGCCGGUGAGAAGAUCUACGAAGGCGGUAUCCUCACUAAACCGGGUUUCGUCCUGAACGAUGGACCGCUCGUGAAGCCGGUCGAGCAGCACAUCCACCACCACUACCACCACCUCGAGGGGUCUUCCGACUCGAAGACGGUCGUCGUCAACAACCCCGUCCCGUCCGUGCUGAGUGGAUCGGCCGUCGUCGGUGGCGGUAGCUCCGGUAGCUACGGCCAGACCGGUGGACUCUACUCAGCCGGCGGUGUCUACGGUACGGCCGGUGUCGGCGGAACCGGCGGAUUUUCGCCCCUGGCCGGUGCCGAGUUCGACUACAAGGAGCUGAAGGGUGUCAACAACAACGGUGGCUUCGGUCAGUCCGCUACUUACGCCGCCCAAAGCAAACCGGUCUUCGAGGGUACCGCUUCAGGGUUCGGACAGGGAAGCAAACAAACGCUGUUCAACCAAGGUCCGGCGCAGUUCGGCGCAUCGGGCAGUGGCAGCAAUUCGCUGUACAGUGGAGAGAUAUCGGGCGCCUAUCAGAGUACUGGGGCUGGUAGCUACCACUCCAGCAACCCGACGCUCUACAAGAAGGAACUGAACGUGAAAGGACCGGCACCGGCGAACGGUUUGGGAACCUUCGGUGGAAACGGUGCCAACUACAACAAAUACAGCCAGUACAGUAAUGGUCAAUUUGGCUCGAAUGGAGGGCAACUCAGCUCCAACGGUGGACAGUUCGGCUCCAACGGUGGACAGUUCGGCUCGAGCGGGGGACAGUUCGGUUCCAGUGGGGGACAAUUUGGCGGCGAUCAGUUCGGCGGUCAGUACAGCCAGUUCGGUAACGGUGGCCUCAACAACGGUAUCGAAGAUUGUGUGUGCGUUCCGUACGAUCAGUGUCCGGCGCAGGACGUGAUCGGCCGGAAGGACGAUCUGAUCUUGCCACUGGAUCCGCGCAACCUGAAGACGGACAUCGAAGCGGCUGCCGAUGAGGUGGUGAUCACCGAUGGCAAUGGCACGAUGACAGUGGUGCGUGUCCCGAAGAACGCCACGGCAUCGCCGUCACCGACCGAUAAAAGCACCGUGACCGUAGCCAAAAAGAUCAGCAAACGAGAGGCAGCUGCCGAUCCCGAGGGCAAAUCGAACGAAGCGAAGGCCAACAUUGAACCGCGCCUGGGCGUCGGUGGAGGUGGCGGUGACAAGAAAGUGGUCCCUACCUUCGGUGUGUCCUUCGGUCUGCCGUAUCCUUCCGGUUACCCUCUGAACCCGUACGGUCCUUACCCGGCACCGAACCCUUACUUUGGUUCGAUCGGUGCGAACGGGCUGAAUCUGGGAUUGGUGAACCUUAACCCACUGCUGUCACUGCAAGUGACGAAGGACGAGUACGGGGACAAGGUGCUGAAGCCACUGGUGAACCUGCACGUCACGCCGACGGAGAACGUGAUCCACAAGAUCGGGGGUCUGCUGGCGGCCAAGAAGCAAAACAUCUACCACGUGUUCAAUCAGCACGAACACUACCAUCAGGGUUAUCCUAGGCCACCGCCAGUGUACUAUCCACCUCCACACCAUGGCCAUCCCCCGCCUCACGGUGGUCCCAUUUUUUCUAGACCACCCCCGUUUGGGCCCGGUGGUCCGGAACUUAUCUACACGAAGCCUCCCGGACCGAUCUACACUGGGCCCGGGUCACAUGGUUUUAACCGGCCACCCUUCCCCAUUGGACCGGGCUUUGGCGGUCCGCUUGGCGGUCCCGGGGGUGCGCCACCGGGGUACGGUGGGCCAAGACCACCAUAUUUCCGCGACGCUUCGUCGGUGGCCGACGGUGGCGCGGUAGAAUACGAUUCCGUUGAGGUGGGACGUAGCACGAACGUUACGUUCGACCAAUCCAACGCGUACCGGCCGGCCGGUAACUUCCAGUACCAAUCCGUCUAUCCCCAGACCGAACCGAGCGCAAUCAAUCAGAACAGGGCUCAGUACGGUCGGCAGUACCAGAACUAUGACCAGCAGGGCUAUAAUAACGUACGCCUUCCCCCCACUCAAACCAUUCCGACACAGGCCCCGGGGCAUUCCGAAGGUAGCGACACUGUCAGCUUCCCGAACAGCCGCCGGCGUAGGCGUUCGACGGACGUUGAAGUGCCGAAGGACUUGGAGAGUAAGCUAACGGCCGUGCCGGAAGAGUCGAUCGAGUCCACCGUACAAGAAAAAUCUUUCUCCACCGAAAAGAGACAGGCCUUCUACGGUCCACGUCCCGGUCAGCAACAGUGCAGCGGUCGCCAAGUGUGCUGCCGUCGUCCAGCGUAUCGUCCCAAUGCACCGAGCCAAAACCUGGGCAAGUGUGGCGUUCGCAACGCUCAGGGCAUUAACGGUCGCAUCAAGAACCCGGUCUACAUCGAUGGAGACAGCGAAUUCGGAGAGUAUCCGUGGCAGGUGGCCAUCCUGAAGAAGGAUCCGAAGGAGUCGGUGUACGUUUGUGGAGGAACCCUGAUCGACAAUCUGUACAUCAUCACCGCUGCGCAUUGUGUGAAAACCUACAAUGGAUUCGAUCUACGCGUGCGUCUCGGCGAGUGGGAUGUCAAUCAUGACGUAGAGUUCUACCCCUACAUCGAGCGAGAUAUCAUUUCGGUCCAGGUUCAUCCGGAAUACUAUGCCGGCACGCUGGACAACGAUCUGGCCAUUCUGAAGAUGGAUCGUCCAGUUGAUCUGACGAGCGCCCCGCACAUUGCUCCCGCCUGCCUGCCCGAUAAGCAGACGGACUUCUCUGGCCAACGCUGCUGGACCACCGGGUGGGGCAAGGAUGCAUUCGGGGACUAUGGAAAGUACCAGAACAUCCUGAAGGAGGUCGAUGUACCGAUCGUGAACCACUACCAGUGCCAGAAUCAAUUGCGUCAGACGCGGCUCGGUUUCUCGUACAACCUCAACCCAGGCUUCCUGUGCGCUGGUGGCGAGGAAGGAAAGGAUGCCUGCAAGGGCGACGGUGGCGGUCCACUCGUCUGCGAACGGAACGGGGUUUGGCAAGUAGUUGGCGUCGUGUCGUGGGGCAUCGGUUGCGGCCAGGUGAACGUGCCCGGUGUGUACGUCAAGGUUGCCCACUAUCUGGACUGGAUCCAGCAGGUUCGAGGACGGUUCUAA